CCAACACCAACGCCAGCCCCUGCCCCUGCCCCUCUUUCCUCUCCCUCUCUGUCUCUUUAUAAUCUUCCACCUACACUCUCACGAAUUCAGGGCUCAACCUCAAAAAUCAAGCUCUCUUUUUUAGUACAUUGAGCCCUUUUCUCUCAUUUCCUUUCUCUCUUCCCAAACAGCAAAAAAGACUUCAAUUGAAAACAAAACCAGAGAAAUCUUGAGAAAUAAUGCCUACACCACCAGACACAAGCAAAACCGUGAAACUAGAGAGAUACAAUAGCUAUCUCCGAAAACUUCACAGCACAAAAACGCUAAAUGCUUCUUCUAAACUUCUCUUCCGAGUAACCCUUCUCAUUGCUUUAGUUUUAAUCCUCUUUUUUACCAUCAAUUACCCUCCUCUUUCUGACAAUCCCCACCAUGUUCCUCCUCAUCACCGCCACCACCACAGUUUCCUCUCUACUUCUCUUUUUUCAGCCACCUCUCCCGGCGGCGCCCCCUGGGAAAAACAAGUCCGUCACUCUUCCACCCCACGUAGACCCAAUGGGUUUUCUGUUUUAGUCACGGGCGCCGCCGGGUUCAUUGGUUCCCACUGUUGCCUCGCUUUGAAAAAACGAGGUGAUGGGGUUCUUGGUUUAGACAACUUUAAUGACUACUACGAUCCUACUUUGAAAAGAGCCAGGCAAAACCUUUUAACCAAGCACCAAAUUUUCAUUGUCGAAGGUGAUUUGAACGAUGCACCGUUGUUAACCAAGCUCUUUGAUGUCGUCCCUUUCACUCAUAUACUUCACUUAGCAGCUCAGGCCGGUGUACGUUACGCCAUGCAAAACCCACAAUCGUAUGUGAGCUCGAACAUUGCAGGUUUUGUUAACCUACUUGAGGUAGCCAAAACAGCCAAUCCUCAGCCAUCCGUUGUUUGGGCUUCUUCAAGCUCUGUUUAUGGCCUCAACACUGAAAACCCAUUCUCCGAACGAGACAGGACCGACCAACCAGCUAGUCUUUACGCUGCUACCAAGAAAGCUGGGGAAGAAAUUGCCCACACUUACAACCAUAUUUACGGUCUUGCCCUUACGGGACUGCGAUUCUUCACGGUUUAUGGGCCCUGGGGAAGACCCGACAUGGCUUAUUUCUUCUUCACUAAAGAUAUUCUACAAGGUAAGCCCAUUGACAUUUACCAGACACAGGAUCAGAAAGAGGUGGCGCGUGACUUCACGUACAUUGACGACGUCGUGAAAGGGUGUUUAGGGGCAUUAGACACGGCUGAAAAGAGCACCGGAAGUGGUGGCAAGAAGAAAGGUCCAGCUCAAUUAAGAGUAUACAAUUUGGGGAAUACCUCUCCAGUCCCUGUUGGGAGAUUGGUUUCAAUCUUGGAAGGAUUGCUAAACACAAAGGCCAAAAAACAUGUGAUCACGAUGCCACGAAAUGGGGAUGUGCCCUUCACACAUGCCAAUGUGACCUUAGCCUAUAAGGAUUUUGGAUACAAACCCACCACAGAUUUGGCCACCGGGUUGAGGAAAUUUGUCAAAUGGUACGUUAGUUAUUUUGGAAUUCAGCCGAGGGUAAAAAAGGAAACUCAAAAUACCAAAGAAUCCGGCUAAGAACAUUGAUCUUCAUCAUCAUUCACAUGGUUAGCCCCCCCCCCCUUUUUUUUUUCUUUCCACCCCUUUAAUUUCUUCUUAUUUUCCCUUUUCGUCAUGAAUUUUCUUCUUUUUCUUUUUUAGAGUUAUUGUUGUGGUCCUACUGAUGUAAAAAGGAUCAAAUUGUUGCAGCUUGUUUUUCAUGUAGCAUAUAGAUAUAGAUUUGAUGUUAUAGAAAAUGAUAAAUGUGAAAAAAAAAGAAGAGAUAAUUAAGAAAGGGAGAGAAAGGUGUAGAUCUGUGGAGAUGAAGUGUAAUAAUGUGGUAGGGUCUGCUGGAAAGAAUGCAGAUCUUGACCGUUGAUUUUCAUAUAAAAAGAAAAAAAAAUGAUGACAGCAAUUUGUUUA